AUGGAAGAAAUUAACGUGCAGGACUUGAAAUUGAAGUCACUGAUCGGAUUUGACGGAAAUCCAUUGAACGGUCUAAUAUUGCACCCAAAUGGUAUCCAUCUGAUUUAUCCACUUGGUACCAACGUUACGGCUUACAAUUGGUCGACUAAGGAGCAACGAUUCUUCGUAGGGCUGACCAACAUUAUAUCGGCGGUAACAGUGUCCAACACUGGGAAAUACGUUGCAGCCGGUCAGGUGAACUAUAUGGGUUUCAGAUCGCCGAUCAUCAUAUGGAAUUUCCAGACCGGUGAGGUGGUGACCAACUACGAGUCACAUAUGGUGCGCGUCGAGUCAGUGGCAUUCUCUUGCUGCGAACAGUACUUGAUGUCACUAGGAGGCAUCGAUGACGGWACGAUAAUCGUGUACGAGAUUGAAAAGAAAGAGGUGUUGUGCGGUUCGUUAUCUGUGAAAUCAACUGCUGGCAUAUCGACUGUGCUCAAGGCGAUGAACUCACGCAACAAGUGCUUCAUAGUAGCCGGGGACAACAUGCUGCGGCUGUGGACGUUGAAUAAGGAGCAGAGAAAUCUGCAGGGGCUAGAUACGUCGUUUGCCAAGAUCAAACGAAAAAUCCUGUGCACCGAGGUCGACUGCCUAGAUGAGUAUGCAUACUGCGGCACUAGCACUGGAGACGUGCUCAAGAUCAAGCUGAACUUUCCGGUGGACAUGGAUGUGCAGAAACCAUCCGUGUCGCCAACGUUGGUCGGUUGCUUCGCCAAAUACCCGACCACCAGAAAAAAGCGACCACCCGGAAUUACUGUUGAACUUUACAGCAAGGGAGUAACAUCACUGUGGCUUUACGGAAACGACGGCACCAUGAUCGUGGGAUCAGGAAACGGCGUCAUUGAACUGGUCCGGCAAAAGAUACAGCUCAAGCAGCAGCAGAAGCAUUUCUCCAAAAAGGUCGAGACGCGGCUGGCCACACCUACGCACCCGCUGCUAGUGGCUGUUAUGUCAGCGGACGUUGAGUCAGCUGUGACUAGCAUACAGCUGAUGGGCAACCACACCGUGCUGGUCGGUACAGUAAACUGUGAGCUGUUCACCGUAAGCGUAGCCACGUUCRCAGUGACACGCAUGUUCACGUGUCACACGUCUGCUGUGUACGACCUUGCGUUCCCACAUGACUACAGCAAGGUGUUCGCGACUGCUAGCAAGAAUGAUGUACGUGUCUGGUCAGUGGACACGCUCCAAGAAUUGCUACGGGUAACCAUCCGGAACUGCACGUGUUCUGGCGUACUCUUCUCGCACGACGGUGCACAGAUUAUAAGCUCCUGGAAUGACGGCCGUAUUCGGUCGUUCACGCCGGAAACUGGUCGGCUGCUAUACACUAUACACAACUGCCAUAACAAUGGCGUGUCUGCUAUAGCCAUGUGCAAGGAUGGUAUAAAGUUGGUGAGUGGUGGUGGUGAUGGGCAGGUGCGCGUGUGGCAGGUUAACGGAACCAAUGGCAUCCUACUCGCGGUGCUCAAAGAGCACAAGGGUGCGGUGACGUCUAUCAAUCUCCACCARCUGGACCACGAGGCGAUCACGUCCAGUGCAGAUGGAACGUGCAUCGUGUGGGACAUAGUCCGGUACACGCGGUUGUCAAUAAUGUUUUCGACGACCGUGUUUACAAGUGCCAUGUACCACCCAAACGCUACCCAGCUGCUGACGAGUGGCACUAACCGGUAUAUAGGGUUCUGGGAGGCGCUCGAUGGGUCGUUAAUUCGCGAGAUCGAAGGGUCCGCCGUGGCUGCACUUAAUUCGCUUGACAUCACGUCCUCAGGCAAGUAUUUCGUGACUGGAAGUUCAGAUCAGACGGUGAAGGUUUGGCUAUACAACGAGGGUGUACCCACGCACGUGGGCGUGGGCCAUGCGGGCGUCGUGACCAAUGUAAGAGUAAGUCCGGACGGCCGGUACUUGGUAAGCACGAGCGUCGACGGAGGCAUAUUCCUGUGGUGUUUCCCGCAURACCCCGAUAACGCGUCGUUUAGUAGCCGGUGUUCGACAGCCAGUGGUGUGAAUGCGGGUGAACAGCAAACGGUUCGAUCGCGACAACUGUCGCUCAAGAAGUCAAUGCCAGUCCGGAAAGAGAACAUCUCCGACAUAUCGUCAGCACAGAAAGUGAUGUCGGUGUUAGGGGAUGGUGGAGCCGCCGGUGACGGGGAGAAAGCAGCAGAAGCUGGUGGUGGUGCAAGAAUUUGCAAAUCGUCAUCGUCCAUUCGAUGA